UCGCCUUCCUUUUUCUUCUUCAACUGCUCUGUAACAAUCUGAGAAACUUCAAUUUUCAGUCCCUAAAGUUUUCUUUAUGGAUACAUUGGUCCUUCAUUCAAACAAGUAUAAUAGUUUCUGUAUUUUUUCAACUCAAUUUCUGCCCUUUGAUUCUCAUCGUUUGACUUUUAGUCAACCCUGUUUUUGCUUCUAACCCUUUAUUACUCGGAGCUGUCGCCGCCAUGGGAAGAAAGAGUUCGCAACGAAAGAAUGCUGUAAUGUUGGAUAGUGAUGACACGGAUAGCGUCAGUUCAUCGUCAACUUCUCGAUCAGAGAUGAUUGUUUCAGGUGCAGAGGAGGUUCAAGUAGACAGGGAGACUUUGCUUGAUCAAUGUGUCGAUGCACUCUAUGAAAAAAGGGGAUCAACAAGAGAGAAGGCUCUUGCGUCUAUUAUAGAAGCCUUCAAUAGCGACAUACAGCACGAGUUUGUUGAAAAGAAGUUUGCCACUUUGUUGCAACAAUGUUUGAAUUCCAUUAAGCGGGGUUCUUCCAAGGAGAUAACUUUAGCAUCUCAUGUUCUUGGACUUCUGGCUUUAACUGCUGGCCCGGGGGACAAAGCACAUGAAAUGUUGGAAGAAUCAGUGUCUCCUAUUACAGACGCUCUUAAAUCUCGUUCUGAGGCAUCUAAGAUAUCUUCGCUACUGGAGUGCUUGGCCAUUGUCACUUUUGUUGGAGGCGAAGAGCCAGAGGAAACUGAAAAGUCAAUGCAAUUGAUGUGGCAAGUCAUUCAUCCAAAAAUUGGCCCUAAUGUGGCCACCGCUAAGCCUUCACCACCAAUGAUAACAGCAAUGGUAUCUGCUUGGUCUUUCCUCCUUACUACUGUUGGUGGAUUGGCACUAAACCCGAAAAGCUGGCAAGGGUCAAUUUCCUACUUUUCAACUCUGCUGGACAAGGAUGAUAGAGCUGUCCGCAUUGCAGCUGGUGAAGCACUUGCUUUAGUUUUUGAUGUCGGGAGUCUUGAAAAGUUCUCUGUUGAAGAUAAAGGAUCUAGUGACAGCUCCACAGAUGAAGCAAACAAAUCUAAGGAUAUUUUACAUAUCCAGGGAUUAAGGGCAAAGGUCCUGAAUCAGGUGAGAAGUCUUUCUGUAGAGGCAGGAGGCAAAGGAUCAGCCAAAAAGGACUUAAACAGUCAAAGAAAUACAUUUCGAGAUAUCUUGGAAUUUCUUGAGGAAGGGUAUACUCCAGAGAGCUCAAUGAAGAUUGGUGGAGACUCGCUUACCACAAGUACUUGGUGUCAACUGAUACAGUUAAACUUCCUAAAGCACUUUCUUGGAGGAGGUUUUGUGAAGCACAUGCAGGAAAAUGAGUUUCUUCAUGAUGUCUUUGGUUUCACACCGAAGAAAAAAUUGGUUUCUAGUGUUGAGCAUCGUAUAUCCGGAACUGAAAAGAGGUUGUACAAGUCACCAAACUCGGUCGCUAACAAAGCCAGGACUCAAUUUCGAAACAAGCAAAGGAUGUUAUCCCAGGAUAAGAAUGUGGGCUACUACACGGCUGGAAAUGAAGUCUAAGGAAGUAUUAGUUGCGCGGUUUACCAGCUAAAAUAUAUUAGGACAUUCGUUCCCAUGUCAUGAAUACUAUGUUGUGUAAGACGCACUAGAAACGAGUAUAGAUAUCAUAUUUGCAAAUCGAGUACUAAGCAGUGGACCCUAGAAUGCGUUUUUCUAACUAUCAAAGUUGCUCU